CGUAACUUCAACUCAACUCAUACCCACUCACCACCUACUCACCCACACACUCACUCACUUACAUACUUACAUACUUACAUACUUUUACCUCUCUAUCAGCAGACAUAAAUAUAGUAACACAACAGUUAGUCCAAGAUGCCAUUGAUCGAACUAGGGGACUCGAUCCCCCCCAAUACUGCUCACGCCGUGAGCGUUUCGCUUCCUACAUGGAAAUCAAACAUAGGGUACGAGGAGGGAGAGGAAUGGGUUCUCGGCACCAUGGUCACUGGAUAUCCGAGGUUCUUCAUUCAUAAGAGUACCCAAGCCUUCGGUCGUGACAUCGUCGCCAAGUAUGGAACCGCCAACCAGCAAGCUAUGCUCUUCCCAACCAAGAAGAUUGCCAACCGGUGUCUUGAAUUCAUCCGAGAGAAGGCCCCGCAUUCUAUUCUAGCCGAUCUUGACGUUGUUCAUUUGUCCCUAGACCCGGCUAAGAAGAUCCCAUCGACACUACAAUCCGCCAGUCCAUCUAUAUCUGCCAUUCUUUUCUCCCCUGAUGUAUUCCCCUUUGCGAAGCAGUAUUGGCAACACACCGGUGACGGCGUUUCCAGCCGGCGCGCCGAAUUUUGCCAUGGCUUGUUCAAAGAGAAUAUUCUCGUGCUUGAUCAAAAUGUAUCCUCACCCCGCCUGCAAAAUAAACUAUGCCGUGGGCCAAGGAGGUAUCAGCGCGCCUCCAUGGAAGAUCAUAGCAAUGGAUUCAAUGGAGCACAUCAUACUCACCAUUAUCCCGUAACCGCGGAUUCGCCCACAGACAGCGAUAACACGGAUACGCUAGAAACAUCUAGAUUUUUAGAGGAACGAUAUGGAAGAAAUCUGGACCUCUCCCUCGUCCCGAAUGCCAAGUCUGCCAUCCGACGUCGUAUAGCUGGCGUCCUAACUACGGAUAUUGACCUGGAAAGUACAACGGCCUUGCCGACCAUGAGCUCUCACGCACGUGGUAUCUCCAACCUCCAAGAGGAGGACAUAUACUUGGUUCCUUGCGGCAUGAAUGCCAUAUUCACAACCCACCAAACGCUACUGAAAGCCCGUGGGCCUCUUAAGAGUAUCAAUUUUGGAUUCCCCUAUGUAGAUACCCUCAAGAUCCUGCAGAAGUUUGGCCCCGGUGCCGUAUUUUACGGCCAUGGCUCCCCGGCCGACCUGGACGACCUCGAGAGCCGCCUGCGGGACGGAGAGAGGUUCCUCGCUCUCUUUUGCGAGUUUCCCGGCAACCCCUUAUUGACGUGUCCUGACCUCGAGCGUAUUCGGCGGCUGGCAGAUGCGUACGACUUUGCGGUCGUCGUAGACGAGACGGUUGGCACAUUUGUUAACGUCAACGUCCUCCCCUUCGCCGACGUUGUCGUAAGUAGCUUGACUAAGAUUUUCUCCGGGGACUGCAAUGUGAUGGGGGGUAGUAUGAUACUGAAUCCGAACAGCCGAUACUACCAAACCCUCAAAAGCGUCAUGACGGACGAGUUUGAGGACACGUACUGGGCCGAGGAUGUCAUUUUCAUGGAGCGCAACAGCCGGGACUUCGAAUCGCGCAUUGACCGGAUCAAUGCCAACGCCGAGGUUAUCUGCGAGAUACUGCUCGCGCACCCCCUCGUUACCAAGGUGUUCUACCCUAAGUACGUCGAGACGCGGGCUAACUACGAUGUCUGUAAACUACCACACGGAGGCUACGGGGGGCUCCUGUCGUGCACAUUUCAAACCACAGCGCAUGCCAUGGCCUUCUAUGACGCCCUCGACACAGCCAAGGGACCGAGUCUUGGCACUAACUUUACUUUAACGUCGCCGUAUGUGAUCCUGGCGCAUUAUCAAGAGAUGGACUGGGCCAAGAGCCUAGGCGUCGCCCCAGACCUGAUCCGUUUCAGCGUCGGGCUCGAAGAUGACCUGGCAUCUACUUUCACAAAGGCACUCGAGGCGGCUGAGAAGUGUCAAAUUUAGCGAUUACGUAGGAAUGUAUUGGUACGAACCAAGCUAGGUAAUCAUAGAUAUAAAUAAGUAAAAAGGGGAGAAAGUGGAAAGGGGGAAAAGAGGGAAAAAAAAGGG